CGCUUCCUCGUUUGAACAGGCGGGGCGGCGAGCAUGGCGUCUUCCCUCGUGAGGCAGCGGCGCCCCCCGGCGGCGGCGCUCUCUUCUCUCUUCUCCCUCUCUCGGAACCAUUCCGCGGCCGCCCAUUUGGCCGCCUGGCGCCGCCGGACCUUGGACCUCUCGAGAGCCCUCAGCACGCACGCGGUGCCGAACGAGUAUCCUCCCGCUCCACCGUCUGAUUUUAGGACUUUCAACGGAAACCCAGAUGAAGGGGCGCAACAAAAUCAGUACUUUCACCCUCAGAACCCGCAAGGGAGCGCUCAUGGUUACCAGAACCAGAGCUAUCCCAAUGCGGGAUGCCCUAGUCAGAGUCGGAAUCAUACAGGCCGCGGAUACUCUAGUCCUGCUCCGGUUUAUUCGCAGCAGCAAAGCCCUGAACAGUGGAAUAAGCAGGUUCCAGGACAGGGUUAUCCUGGGCAGCAGAAUCCUAGUCAGUGGAAUACCCAGAACCAGGGCUAUGGUCAGUAUCAGAGCCCGACUCGGGUGAACACCCCUAACCAGGACUAUCAGCAACAGCCCAGCAGCCCUGAUCAGUGGAACAACCAAAAUCAUGGGUAUCUGCAGCCGAAUAAUCGCAACCAGUGGGCACCACAGAACCCGAGGACUAAUCAGUGGAACCAUCAGCAAGCAAAUGUAGUGGGUGGGAUGGAGAAUCGGGCGACGGAAGCUCCUGCUCCGGGGCCUUCGAUUGCUGAUCUGAGGCAGUUGUGCCAAGGAGGGAAAGUUAAAGAAGCUAUAGAGUUGAUGAAUGAGGGGGUUAAAGCCAAUGCUGACUGCUUCAGUUGGUUGUUCGAUUCGUGUGGGAAGUCCAAGUCUAUUGAGAAUGCGAAGAAGGUGCAUGAUUACUUUUUGCAGUCGACGUGUAGAGGCGAUCUUCAGAUGAAGAACAAGGUUAUUGAAAUGUAUGGGAAGUGUGGCAGUAUGAUCGAUGCUAGGAGAGUUUUCGAUCACAUGCUUGAUAAGAACAUCGACUCGUGGCAUUUGAUGAUAAAUGGGUAUGCGUACAAUGGGUUAGGGGAUGAUGGGUUGGAGUUGUAUGAGCAGAUGAGGAAGUUGGGAUUGAAGCCAAAUGAACAGACUUUCCUUGCAGUUCUGUCAGCAUGUGCCAGUAUAGGGGCUGUGGAAGAAGGUUUUAUACAUUUUGAGUCGAUCCAGAAUGAUUAUGGGAUCAAGCUUGGGAUUGAGCAUUAUUUAGGGGUUAUUGAUGUUCUCUGUCAACCUGGGCAUCUUGCAGAAGCUGUGGAGUAUAUUGAAAAGCUACCAUUUGAGCCCACAUUGGAGGUUUGGGAGGCAUUGAAGAAUUACGCCCGGAUCCAUGGCGAUCUUGAUCUUGAAGACCAUGUUGAGGAGUUGAUGAUGGCUCUUGAUCCUUCAAUCACUACUGCUAAUAAGAUUCCUACACCACCACCCAAGAGGCGCUCCGUAAUCAACAUGCUUGAGGGGAAAAACAGAAUCAGCGAGUUCAAAAAUCCUACUCUUUACAAGGACGACGAGAAAUAUAAGAGUGGAAAGGAAGGGGGUUAUGUACCGGACACAAGAUAUGUACUUCAUGACAUUGAUCAAGAGGCAAAGGAGCAAGCCUUGCUCUAUCACAGCGAGCGACUCGCGAUAGCUUAUGGACUUAUCAGCACUCCUGCAAGGACGCCUCUUAGAAUCAUUAAGAACCUUCGGAUCUGCGGCGACUGUCAUAAUGCGAUAAAGAUCAUGUCCAAGAUUGUGGGUAGGGAACUAAUUGUUAGAGACAACAAAAGGUUUCAUCACUUCAAGGAUGGCAAAUGCUCUUGUGGAGAUUAUUGGUGAUCCCUUCUUGUUUAUUUAUACUCGUUCCGCAUGUACCUAAUGAGAACUGUCUUGCUCUAGGCAGUUGGCAAAAGAUACUGAGAAGUAUAGCUUUUAGUGAUGGAAUGAAGUGAUGCUGCCAAUUGUAGGGGUGAAUGUUCCUGAUA